AUGGAUCAGUUUCCUUCAGCUGUUCUACUGGCACGCUUGGAGGAUGUGAAGAUCAACAACAAUGUCUUAUAUCGUCUUGUGCGUCCUACAGAAACUGACUCAGUGGAAUCAGUAGACAAAAUGGUCAAUGUGGUGCCUUUCAGAAGGAUCUAUAGAUUUGAUCGCAAGGAUGAUCUUAAUGAUUUUAAAGUGGAACUGUUAAAGCGACCAUUGGUUCUACAGCCUAUUGUACACCUUGGACGUGGGCUUGGCUCCGGCAGCAUGGCAUGUGGCAUGUGUUACAAGGAUGACAAGUGGAUAUUGCUUGUUAACCAAACACAUCCAAAGGUACUCAGCAGACUCCAGAUUGGUCUUGAUGCUGCCAAGAAUGCAAUUGCUCGAGGUCCAAUCAUUUUUGCUUUUACCAAACUUAUAGAGAAGAUGUACCGCAACACACUUUCCAAGAAAGAGCAGGAGGAAGCUGCAUCAAAACUUGAUUUGUUUAAAAGCUAUUUUCGCUAUGCUGAGUGGGAAUAUGGCGACCUCAUCAUUCGUUAUCAUGGCUACGCAGCAAUCUUUGGCCGAGGAGGUGGCUUGCGGGACAUAGCAACAAUGAAUCUGACAUUUGACUUCGAAGAUUUAACCCAUGAUGAGAUUAGCUGGAAAGGCUUGGGUGCAGAGUAUUUUCCAAAACCACACUUGGCCCCUGUCACUGAAGAUGAAAUAAGAGAGGUUUUACCUGCAUGGACAAUUAAUGGUGUGUCACCACUAGAAAAUAUAGGUGAACACAUACCAGCAGAUCAUUACUCCUAUGCUCAAGCUGGCAAGUUGUAUGAGAGCUUCCGCAAAAAGAAGAGGUGGCAAAGACAAGAAAAAGAGAACAGUUUAUCAGGAAGGUUGCCGUUUAAGGAGGGAGCUUCUUACAAUGAUGUAAACCUUGAGGUUGUUGAUGAAGUUCAUGACUAUGACCAUUUAACCUCUUCUGGUUACACUGCCUACCAAGAGGAUGCUCCUGUGCAGAAUGUGGCCUAUGACAAUUAUGGUGAUGACAGGGGCAGGCUAAAGCAGGGGCAAGAGAGUUAUGAUGACAAUGAACAUGGUGAUGAUGGAUUUUAUGAUGCACACAAGGCAGAGCCUGUCCAGAGUAGUGUGGCAAGAAAGAUUGAUGGGUAUGGUCACAUGUAUCCUGACGUCAAGAUCAGGACAGCAGAAACUGCCAAGAGCAAGAUUCGAUCUUAUGAAAAUACAUCAAGAUUUCCAGCGUCUUCUGGUGCUGCCCCUUCUAGCUCGCGAACCUUUAGACUACACUGAUGCUGGUAUCACGUCACAGUUCACAAG